AUGCGACGCCUCCGCGACGACGAUGACGAUAGGUCCGAAGAGGGAUUCAGAGCCCGGAAGCAGCGCAAACAGCGCCCGUGUUUCAGUUGCGCAGGUGAGACGAGCUUUGGUGGUGUCCGAGCCGGGCAUGGGAGGCUGGCUAAUCUGGGGAACCUAGAAUGUCGGAGACUCAAGAUGAAGUGUGAUCGACAAGGUGAGGACCAUUGCCUAUCACUGUACCGUGCAUUUUGUGAGAUUAUCCAGAGGCUAGAAUCGUGCUACAGUGCCUACAGUAGCCAAGAUCCUGCUGCACAGUCGGGGCACCAGAAGGAUUCUCAGAAUGAUCAAUUCCAGGAGGCCCAACAACCCGAACCUCAAGGUUGCGCUGGUCUCCAGGAUCAGCAGCAAGGCUACCAAGGACCUCUCGAGACGAACACAACUCGCCACGAAAAUGCUCAGCCGUUUGACCCGAACUUAAAUCAACAUACCAUAAACCGUUCGCAUCACGUCCCUUCGCACUCCAACGCCGGCGAUCCCAACCAAGUCAACCCUCUUACUCUUCUUGCCCACGCGCUCGAACCAUACACUGCUCAGGCUCCCUCUCCUCACACUCCGGCUUCGGCGCCUUCUGGUAGGCUGGAGGAAUCUGCACAUAGCAUCAAUACUGGAACCAGUGCUUCCAGCAACCCUGCCCGCUAUGCUGUCGAGGAUGACCGGGAAAACGGCUCUUACGGCACUUUGAUGCUGGGAAAGAGAGGUCGAUCAAAGUAUCUUGGCCCAACAGCAGGGAGUGAGUGGUUGAAAGAGUCGGAAACACAAGAUGUACCAGACACACCUUGUAUGACGCGUGCCCCUUCCCCGGCGCUCCCCCAAGACUUGCUUGCCACCCAGCCCAGCGUCUUAAGUAUUGGCACUACCAUCGUCGGAUUUCCCUUCAACGCGUCGCCGGCUCAUAUCAGUACUCGGGAGCUGUUAGCUUGCCUGCCGUCGAGAGACGAGGCAUGGACCCUUGUAGAGUCAUACUAUCGCUAUUGCGCCUGGCAUCACAAUGUAGCUCCCAAACCAUCGUUCGAGAAGACAUUCGAUCGAGUCUUUAAGCGUGCAGAAAGCGGUUCCUCUUCUCCACCCAUAAAUGCCCAGGAGAUCGCACUUGUCUUCAUCAUCAUGGCCCAAGGAACCAUGUUCAACAUCGAGAUGCCCAAUUGUGAUUCGUCUGCUGAAGAAUGGCUACACCUUUCGGAAAGAGCGUUAGUGAAAGGAGAGUUUCUGUCAAAUAAUACCGUCGCUGGACUGCAAACUCUGCAUCUAAUGGCGCACCUACGAUUGCAACUUGAUGAAGGCCGACGCGGUGAUAGUGCUUGGCCGCUAUGGGGUUUGGUCAUGCGUUUGAUCCAAGCGAUGGGUAUGCAUAGGGACGGUGAUCGCUGGAAUCUGCCUCAAGACGUUGUCGAGGAAAGACGUAAAGUAUUCUGGGAGUGUAAUUCUGCCGACAUAUUUCAGGCGCACUGCUUCUCACGACCGUAUGUCUAUAAUCUCUGUAUAUCUACACCUCAAUCCUAUUCCAAGGCUAAGACUAGAUACAGAUCCGCCAUCAAUCCCGAGCAUUGCGAUACAGCUUUCCCAUCCGAGCCAGUUAGACCCAACGGAGAAAAGAGCUACUCGAUCCUCCGGUUUGAACUGUCUCAAAUUUCCUCAGAGAUUCUCAAUAUGGCCAUGAAGGUGCGGAGGCCGGCAUAUUCCGAAGUUACCGAUCUAGACCUCAGACUUUCCGAGUUUGAGCACAACAUCCCCUAUUCUCUCCGCUGUAGAGCAGCACUGUUGGCUACUCCGUCCCGCUACCCUCAACUUGAAACCGCGAUCAGUGCCUCUCCAGAACCAUCUCGCAUGUCGCUUACCAUUUCUUUCCAGCAAACAAACCUCGCCUUGAAUGUCUCCGAGACCAUCAUCAACCUUCACCGACCUUACUAUGCGAGAGUACUCCACGACGCCGACCACGGCGAGUCAGUAUACAAACCGUCGUUCUACAUUGUAAUAGAGCGCUGUGCCAUAAUUAUCAGUAUUGUCACCGACAUCCACACCCGCUUCCCGGCGGUCACCACUAGGCAGUGGAACUUCUGGUAUCAUGUCUUUGGUUCAGCCUUAUGCCUUGGUACGUUGGUCCUGCGCGACCCGGCCAACGUCAUGGCUAGUUUCGCUCUUACGCAAAUCGAUGCCGCCAUUAGCCUAUUCACCUCACUCCUCCAGCAUGGCGCCCACCCUCUGCGCUACAAGCGUAAUUUGCAGUGGCUUUUGAAUUUGCGCACUCGUGCUUUAUCAAAAAUCUCGUCCGUAUCCGCUUCGCAGAGGGGCAAUUCGCGGCGAGACACCGAUGCGGCUGGACAGAAGGAUGGUGAGGACGGCGACGGUGAUAGAGAGGACGAUGAGGAUGUCGAGUUGCUCGGUUGGCGUACCAGGCUCAUUGAGCGUAUGGGUCAAGGACACCAAAAGACGAUCAGGACCAUUCGCCUUUCUGAGACCCCAUCCGUGUCACCAAACAUGAACGUCACGAGCAUGUCUGUGAAUAAUUUCAAUCCUCAAGGUCAGAUGGGACUCUCCGAUAUGGCCAACUCGAACCCAUCUCUGCCUGCGGUGAAUCUUGAUUCGACAAAUGAACUACUACAUGACUUUUGGGAUCCCCUGCUUCUGCAAGAUGUCUUUGGCCCUUCUCAAGAUCACCAAACCUCCUUGAUGAAUACAUGGUGGGACAAUAUGCCCAAUCCAUCUCAAUCACGGGGAUGA